AUGCACACCGUGUCGCUGCCGCCUGCAGGCGCACCAGCACCCGACGAGGCCACCGCCAAGGCCCUCGACACGCUCACGCUCGCCGUGGCCCGCUCGAAACGCGCCGUCCUCCUCGUCGGCGCGGGCAUCUCGACCAGCGCAGGCAUCCCUGACUUCCGCUCGCAAGGCACGGGCCUGUACUCGACCCCGUCCCCUCCCUCGACCUCGACCUCGACCUCGCGCACGCCUCCUCCCGUCACACCUCCCGCGACGCUCAAGGGCCCCGCGCUCUUCUCUGCGGCCGUGUACUCGUCGCCCGACACGACCGCCGAGCACCUGCGCUUCAUCGCCGCCUUCAAGCGCUCGCUCGACUCGGUCACGCUCGACCCGUCGUCGUCGUCGUCGACGACCGCCGGCCGCCCAGGCCCCGCCACGCCGACGCACGACUUCAUGCGCCUCCUCAAGAAGCGCAACAAGCUCCUGCGCGUGUACACGCAGAACAUCGACGGGCUCGAGGGCGUCGGGACGGGCUUGGUCCCCGUCGCGCUCGAGGGCAUCACGCCUCGAGCUGCAGCGCCGUCGUCGUCAAGUGCGGCCGCCGGCAAGGGCAAGGGCAAGGCCAAGGUCGAGGGCGACUAUGUGCAGCUGCACGGGGCGGUGCACGCCGUGCGCUGCACCGGGUGCGACUUUGUGCGGACGUGGACCGACGAGGACGGCGACGUGUUUGCGAGCGGCAGCGUCGGCGUGUGCCCGCAGUGUGAGGAACGAGCCUCGGUCCGACUCGCGCGCGGCCAGCGCACCCUGUCGUCCCUGUCGCGCGCCUUCCUCCGCCCGUCCAUCACGCUCUACAACGAGGCGCCACCCUCCUCGGCCGCCCUGACGAUCGGCGCCCUGUCGCUGUCGGACCUGUCGGGCUCGCCCGGCCCGGACGUCAUGCUCGUCCUCGGCACGAGCCUCAAGAUUCCCGGCUUCAAGAAGCUCGUCAAGGAGUUUGCGAGGAGCGUCAAGAGUCGAGGCGGCGUGCGCGUGCUCGUCAACCGCGAGGAGGUCGGGAGCAAGAGCGAGUGGCGCGACGUGUUCGACUACCAGGUGCUCGGCGAUACGGACGCGUUCGUGACGCGCCUCGUCGGCGACUGGAAGCGCCUGCGGCCGCAAGAUUGGUCGGGCAAGCAGGCGACGCUCGGCGAGCUCUUUGCGUCGUCAAAGGGGGCCGCUGUCGCUCCUUCCAGCAAGAAAGCCCCUCCACCGAGCCCUCGCAGGCCGCUCGCACCCCUCUCGACCAACGGCACGCCUCCCUCGCCCGCGCGCACGACCAAGAAGCGCCCCGCGUCCUCGCCCUCGCCCGAUCCCGCCUCGCCCUCGCCUUCGAAGCGCGCCCGUCACCACCUCGCGCCGCCGACCUGCCCUCCCUCUUCGCCCUCGCCCUCGUCGACCGCCGUCACACCCGGCUCGACGCUGCGCAUGACGCGCAACUCGCUCGUCCUCCGAGGCGUCGAGCUCCCUCCCCUCCCUGCGCUCGCGACGCCCCCUUCCCCUCGCCGUCCCGCCGCCGCCGCCGCCGCCGUGGGCGCACUCGGCCCGCCUCGUCACGCGACCUUUGCGCGCUCGUCCGGCUCGCCGACCAAGACGGGCGCGAGCCGCAAGGCCAUCGCGAGCGCGUUCAAGCCGCCGAGGAGGAGCGCGAGCCCGAGCCCGUGCCCGUGUUCGAGUUCGAGCGUGCGGCCGGGCUUCGAGGUCGAGCUGAGGCGGUCGAGCAGGACGGUCGGUGCGGUAGGGAGGGGACGAUGA